AUGGUGGAGAAAGAGUCUAGUUUAUCAUUGUACGAUUUAAGAACAGACAGAGGAGAAGAAUUUAACUCUGAGGAGUUCUCAAAUUUUUGCAAGGUACAAGGCAUCAAAAGGCAACUCACAACAGCUUAUAUGCCUCAGCAAAAUAGAGUUACUGAGUGUAAAAACCAUACCAUUCUCAACAUGUGUAAGGAUAACAAGAUUCUGAUUGUAAGUCUCUACGUUGGUGAUCUCAUUUUGACAAGUAAUGAUUUGUUAAUGAUGCAAGGUUUCAAAAACUCAAUGAAAAAUAAGUUUGAAAUGAUUGAUCUGGGUGAGAUGAAGAACUUUUUGGACAUGGAAGUAUAUCAAGGCACUAAUGGGAUCUUCAUCAACCAAAAGAAAUAUGUGAAUGAAGUUUUUGAAAAAUUCAAAAUGGGGGCUUGCAAUGGAAUCAGGAAUCUAAUAGCUCCUGGAAGCAAAUUGUCAAAGGAGGAAGAACGAGCACAAGUCGAUGGAACCUUAUUCAAGCAAAUCGUGAAAAGUUUGAUGUACAUGACAGUCACAAUACCUGAACUGAUAUACAGUAGGAAUUGCACAUAUGAACUGACAGCGUACAUAGACAAUGAUUAUGCUAGAGAUUUGAAUGAUCAGAAGAGUACUUCAGGUUUUGCCUUUAUGCUAAGUGGAUGA